AUGGCGUUCAAUAAGAAAUAUGCGGGGCUUCCGGAUCUGGACCUCGCGCCCGAUAUCUACGAGACUCCCGAUCUGACCGAUGAAGUGUCCACCGUACCGACUGCAACAGUCCGCACCAAUUCCAACCCCGAUGAUGAUGAUGCUGGCUCCAACCCCGACAUUGACCGCCAAGGCAUCAAUGCGGACGAGGCGCGCGCUCACUUCCUCGGAGCUACCGUUGAUGCGCGCGAAGUCAAUUUCUCCGACAGUAUCGCUACAAAACGGAAAGCAUAUAGAAGUAAGAGUCGCAGACGCCGGAGAGACGAGAAUGGUUUGGAAGAAGUAGGGGACUUCAGCGACAGCGAAGAUGAAGGGCUGGACAGAAGACUUGCUCGUCUUCGCAGAGAAGUGGAGGAAUUGAAGGAUGAGAUGGCUUCUCGCCAAACCGGAUCAGAGUCCAAUGAACCCCAGGCAGAGCACAAGGAGGGACUGGACGAUGGAGUGCUAGAGUUGAGUCGAGCAUUGGAUAACCUCUAUGCCUCCUCCCGGAGCGCAUCCGGGCCGCACUCGGCAGCCGCGAUACUAUCCAAAAAGAUCUCUGAAACAUCACCCGAUGAUCCUGACAAGCCGGAUGGACCGGCUGAGAAGGCGGAGAAAAAGACGACUUCCCCUAGUGCUCCAUCUUCCGGUGUUCUGGCGCACGCUGCGGCCUUUGACGGCCGGCUAGCGCUUGUUGAGGCUGCGAUGGGCAUCUCCAGCUCCUCGAACCCCUUCAUCGCCGAUGGGAGCUCGGAUAUACCACUCCAACCUGUGCUACCGGCGCUAGACCACCUGACGUCCCGCCUGACCACUCUUAUGAACAUUCUCGUCGGCCCGGCUCCUGUCUCGGCGGUCCCGACAAUAGGUUCCGCUCUACCCUCAACAACAGUUUCGACACCUCAUCUCGAGAAUCUGUCGACUCGCGUGAGAAAGCUAACCGCCGACACUGAGGCCCUUGCAUCCGCACGCAAGCGCGCCGUCGAUGCAGCUAAGGCCGCUCAAAAUGCCCGCAUCGCCUCCGCAGCGCUCGAACCCUCCGACAUGUCCGUGUCCUCAUCCGCCACAGAAGUCGACCCCGCAGCGACCCAACGCGAUGAGCAAGCCACGAAGAUCCAAGCUCUCUACGCCACCUUGCCAACCAUCCAAUCCCUCCACCCCAUUCUCCCCAGCGUCCUGGAACGACUUCGCUCCCUCCGUGCCAUCCACGCAGGCGCCGCUCAAGCCUCCGAAUCCCUUGAUGAGCUGGAACGACGCCAGGCCGAUAUGGCGCGGGAAAUCGACCAGUGGCGCGAGGGCUUGCAUGUUGUCGAAGAAAAGAUGAACCAGGGAGAGGCAGCCCUAAAGAGCAAUAUCGCACUUGUUGAGCCCUGGGUGCGUGAUCUGGAGGGUAGAUUGGAUCGGUUGGCAAGUAAGGAGGCAUGA